CCGGCGGGCCGUGCUGCGGGCGGGCCUACGCGUCAGCGGCGACCUCGGGGCCGGAGCCGCUCCCCUCCCCGGAGCGACCUGCUCCUGACCCGCCUGCCAUGAGCGCCUGGCCGAGGGCGUUCGCGGAGCUUUGCGAGGUCCUGUCGGCGCAGCAAAGCGGUGAGUGAGCGAGCGGGGUGUGUUGUGGUGUUGCUGAAGGAUGACUCAAUUUAAAGCGCUUAAGCAGCAAGACAGGACUGGCACAUGCAAAAAUGUGACACCCAAGAGAAGAUCAACUUUGAGGUCCGCAUGCGAGAAGGCAUCUGCAAACUGCUGGCAGUGAGCACACAGAAGGAGCAGCUUCUGCACGCAGUGAAGAACCUGAUGGUUUGCAAUGCUCGCAUCCGGGCCUACAAGGCAGAGCUGCAGGGCCAGAAGGAGCCCAGCCCGGGCAGGACUGAAGAGCAGUCUUCAGAAAAUGGGACAAAAGACCGGACGGCAUGCAGAGCAAAGGUUGCUAUAUCAGAUAUUCGAAUACCAUUAAUGUGGAAAGGCUCUGACCACUUCAGCAAAAAAGAAAAAUCACAGCGCUAUGCAGUGUUUUGUUUGUUCAGAAUUGGAGCUGAGGUUUUUGAUACUGAGGUGACUAUUGUGGAUGAAGCAAUAACAGAUAUCUGUUUUGAAAAUGUAAUCAUAUUUGAUGAAGCAAGCCCAGAUUUCCAGGUGAAGGUUGAAUUGUAUAGCUGCUGUACAGAGGAGUCUUUAUAUAUAACAAACACUCCUAAGAAACUGGCAAAGAAACUUAAAACAUCCCUCAGCAAAGCUACAGGGAAGAAACUCAAAGUUGCGCUGGAGGAAGACAGCACUGAAACCCUUUUGCCUGCUGACCCAGUCAUCCAUGGAGCAAAGUACAGUUUGCUAGCAUAUACCACUUUGGGGCUGGAGAGUGCUGAGGAAAAUUUCAGGACCCACAACCUUACCAUUACAGGAAAUGAGGAAUCCUCUUUUUGGCUACCUCUAUAUGGAAACAUGUGUUGCCGUUUAGUUGUCCAGCCCUCCUGCAUGGCCAGGGAUAUGAUGGCAGGGUUUCUUAAUCAGCAGCAAAUGGUAGGAGGUCUAACGAGCUGGAGGAGGCUGUAUUGCAUACUGAGAGGUGGCAAACUCCUUUGUUAUUACUCACCAGAAGAAAUUGAGGCUAAAGUGGAGCCAGCAUUGAUAGUUUCCAUCAACAAGGAAACCAGGAUUCGAGCUGUGGAUAAGGACUCCAAGAGAAGCACUAAUAACUUCUCUGUUAUCAACCCCGUGUCUGGAGAGGGUCUGACGCAACAUUUUGCUACUGACAGUAGGGAUGAACUUCAUAAGUGGAUGGAGGCUUUCUGGCAGCACUUUUAUGAUCUGAGCCAGUGGAAGCAUUGUUGUGAGGAACUUAUGAAAAUUGAGAUUAUGUCACCACGGAAACCACCUUUGUUCUUGACAAAGGAAGCGACCUCCGUCUACCAUGAUAUGAGCAUUGAUUCUCCAGUGAAACAUGAGGGCUUAUCUGAUAUCAUACAAAGGAAAAUUGAAGAGAGUGAUGGUGAAUUCCUUCUUGGCCAACAAAAAGAGUCUGCAUCUGCCCUAUGGGCGUCACUCUUUGAUGGAUCUCAUGAGAUGACUGUUGACAAAAAUGUGCAUCUGAACCCAAGAAGAGAUACUACAAGUCCUAAUGACAGCAGAGGAAAGAAAAGAAGAGCUCCGCCUCCACCCUCUGAUCAGUCACCAUACAGUGCAAAAGCACAGGCCAUUGAAUUUCAACAUGCAGUUUCUCAAAUUCAGUGGCUUUGUUUUGAGCUGAACAUACGUAUUUCAGCAAGGCAUUUAAUAUUAAUUUGAAGUCUUCAAGUGAUGAGAAUUCACUCACACCUCCUGUUGCAGUACUUAAUUACCCCAGGUACAUUUUUCACUUGAUUUUCUAUUUUGCAUUUCUAGCUCCACCUUAAGUUAUUUUGGUCUUUUUAUGCAUUUGAUUGCUUAUAUUGAUCUCUGUAGUAUCAGCUUUUCUAAUUGCCUGUGUGUAGUUAUGAAUCAUGAUUAUGUCCCUUUUAACCUUUUCUCUGAUGAGAUGUACUGAAUUCCUUAACUCUCCUAUGGCAAUGAAUUAAUCUUCAAGUUCUUGUCUGUAUUUCACAUGUAUAGAAAUUUUUGUAAGGGUGACGUCUGAAUUAGAUGCCACAUGUCAAUAGUGAUCCAUCAGGAAUGUAUAGAGCCAUAAUGUGAUCCUCUACUCUGAUGAAUAUCCCCCUCUCUCUCUUUCCUCAAAAAUUGCAUUAUCUUUUUUUUUUUUUUUUGUGGAAACAUUGCCUUGGAUGCUGACUUUUAUGGCCAAGUCCUCUUCAGAGUCUUUCUCAAGAAUGUGGUACAUUAUCCUCUUGUUAUCUUACCUUAUAUUUUCUUUGAAAUACAGAUUGUAUUUUACCAGCAUUAAAAUACUGCUCAUGAAGUGAUCCAGAUUGGUCUGUGUAAGUGACCUGUCCUCAUUCUUUACUACUCCAGCAGUCUGCAUGUCCUUUGCAAAUUUAUUGCAAGUGAUUUUUACAGUUUAUUCCAGAUCAUUGAUUUUUAAAAUUGAAUGCAAGGCAAGGUUUGUAGAGAGAGGUGAUAAGUUUUUAUUACAUCAGUGACAUGGGUAGGGGGUGGGGAAAAGCAAACAGAGAGGCCAUUGAAUUUCUUUUAUCCCUGAGCCUUUAAAACUUUGAGUAACAUGGCAAACAGCCCUCUUGCUGAAUUCCUAUUAAUACUGUAUCUUGAAAUUAUUAUAUUUUAAAGAAAAUUACAUGUUCAUUACAUGUUCAUCUUUUUUUAGAAAGUUACUUAGGAUUCUUGUGGGUAACACCUCAGUGCAGGUGUCUGUAAGCCGAGCUUAAUAUAUCAAAGAGUAAAAUGCAACCUGUUGUUAAAGACCUGUUCUCCAUGAAAAUGUAUUGAUAUAUUAUAUCUAUCCUUAAAUUAGAUCAUGGUAUUGCAGUGGCCACCACUAAGUAAGCAAGGCCAUUAAUUAUUCUAUUAAUCUGCUUCAGAACUAUAUAAUCCCUAUUAUGAAGAAAGAGUUGACUUCAGGUUUUAUUAUUUAUUGUUUCUUUGUCUUUCCUUUUUCCCCCCCACUACUGUAUUGCCAUUAUUGCCUUUGCAUCUUCUGUGAAGCAAGUUGAUUUAACAGGCUACCAGGACCUACAAAGCUCAACUAUACAAUAAAGCCAGUGCCCCUCAAGGAACUGCUGCUCCAGGCAGUAGAGAAGAAUGUAAUGUUUCACCAUCUUAGUGGCUGCAUUCAGUCAUGAGGAUGCUUUAAUUGCAUGACUCGAAAUAUUUGUGAUCAAAACCUGAAAGUCAUUUGGCAGCCUCCUGCUGGGAUGAGGCUUGGAGGACAACAGAAGGCCUGUGGCUUCUCCCAGCCUUUGUCUCCCAUUCCACUGUGUUCACAUUUGUGUAGGCAAGUUGGAAUGCUAUCAUCUGGCAGGGAAGACCAGAGAAAGACUUCUGCCAGGAUGAAUGGCUAAAACGAUCCAGUGUAGCACUGGGAGGACGUUGGUGGCACCUGCUGAACUACACAUGGGAUUAGAAACUUUUCUGAGGAACGUGUUGGGCCUGCUUUGAAAACUGUACCUGCUUGUUCUCUGCUGGGAUUAAUUAAUGCUGCUUAAAACCAGAAUUAAGUGAUCGGAAGCAGUCUUGAAGAGGGGCAGAGACAAAAGUCAGCCCGAACUUUUAUUUUAGGAAGUACAACUUGAAAGUAAUUGCUAGUUCAAACUUGAAUAUAAAUUUCACAAGACACGAACUUCGGAAAUAUUGACUGAACAAAGACUGUAUUUAUUAACUUUUUAUAUUUACCUAAUGUCUUCAGCUGUUUACUUGGUUUCAGAAUGGCAUAUGGUACCUUUUGUGGCUUUAAAGGCAUUACCUUCAAAUGCCUAUGUUUUUACUAGUACUGUGAUAUUUUGUCCCAUGGUAAUAAUACUAAUAGUUAUUUUAUGGUGGCUUGUACAUAAUUGGAAAUACUACUGUAGUAUUCAGAGUUGAUUUCUAAUUAAUGCAAACUGCCUGAGUAGAAAAAUGGAGAUUAGGACACUAAUGUAUUGUGAAGUGUUAGAACAGAAAUUUUAUUUUGCUGCUGGCUUAUUGCAUUUCUGUUAGAAUA